UCUAAUUUCAUGUAAAUACCAUUAAUCCUGCAUUUUGGAGGAGCGAAGUUAUUUUUAGUACAAAAAUACAGUAGAGUUCACACUAACGACAUCGACACACGUUUUUGGUUCCGGUGAUUUACAAUGGAAGCACCACCAUAUAAGAUAUGUUUUGAUAACAUUUUGGGGCGCCAUCUGGUAGCAACACAUUCAAUCGAUUGUGGUACUGUCAUAUUGGAGGAGCCCCCUUUAAUAAGAGGGCCUUUUUUCCAUACUUAUGCUGUAUGCCUGGCUUGUGGAAAAAUUUUGACUGAAGCGAGUAGUCGUCCUUGCUCGAAAUGUGGAUGGCCUUUGUGUGACGAAAACUGUGAGAAAUCUCCAAAUCAUCAACCAGAAUGUAUAUUAACAGUGGCCAGAGGAAACAAGAUAUCGAUCAAAAAUUUUGGAGUUUCUAACCCAAAUUACCAGUUUGUUACAAUUUUGCGUGCUCUGUAUUUGAAACAAGCAGCUCCAGAAAUGUGGGAAAAACUAAUGCAACUCCAGCCACACCCCAUAGAUGUUAAUAUAGCUCCGCCAAGUUUUAUUCGGAAGUUGUUUAAGUUGGACGAUUGGUCCGAAGAUAAAAUAAAAAAAGUUGCUGAAAUUUUAACAAUAAAUGGACACGAACUUCCUAUUGCGCGAUCCCCACAGUUAGCAGUUUAUGACAAAACUUCGCUAUUAGAGCACUGUUGUCAAGCUAAUUGUACUAAAACGUUUACAAACGAAGGACAUGUUUUAGUCAUAGCGGCACGCCAGAUCGAAGAAAACGAACACUUGAGUAUCUGUUACACUGACCCUUUAUGGGGAGUCGAAAAUCGCCGGUUACACUUACAUCAAACAAAACAUUUUUGGUGUUCCUGCUCUAGAUGCGAAGAUCCUUCAGAAAUGGGUACAAACAUAAAUUCCAUUAGAUGCCCAAACGAGUCAUGCAGUGGGUUCGUCCUCCCCAAAACCUUCUUGCAAGAGAUCAAAAUUUGGAACUGUGACUCAUGCGAUGCAGUUUUUUCCAAUGACAACAUAUCACUCCUUUUGGGAAAAAUUGGUGCAGAAGUGUCUGAAAUGCCAAAGGAAGAUGCAGCAGCUUGCAAACAAUUUAUCAAGAAGUAUGACAAGGUUUUGGCCGCGACUCAUUUCUACAUGAUUGAUGUGAAGAUGGCGUUGAGUCAUAUGCUUUCUAGUGAAAAUUACGAGGAAUUAAGCUAUAAUGAUUUAAAGUUGCUUUUUAAAACAACCGAGGAGUUAAAAAUGGUAGCAGAAACCAUUGCCCCCGCUGAAAGACGGCUUCUGGGUUUAAUUCUGUACCGGCUGGCAAAAACAAAAAUCGAAAUGGCUAGACGCGAUGAUGAUGAAGGCAAAUUUCGAUCAGUCCUAGCGGAAUCCAGGAAUGACUUCUGCGAAGCGCGCCUUUUCCUCGCGAACGAGCCCACGGUACUACCUGAAGGCCGCGUUUGUUUGAAGAUCGGGCUCGAGUUAAAACUGAUUGAUGAUUUGUUAACUAAAAAAUAAACGUGUUUUUGUUUGUGUA